AUGGCGCCAGACGACACGGCGGAUGAGAAUGCGUCGUACCGUUACCUGAGCACUCGCGGACAGGAUAGUGGUUUCUCAUUUGAGGAAGUCGUCCUGAACAGUGUUGCCCCUGAUGGCGGCUUAUACAUUCCUGAAGAGAUUCCGCGUGCUACUGCGUGGGAGUCAUGGGGAGACCUUGGCUUUCCAGAGCUCGCUUUCGAGAUCAUGUCCCUUUACAUUUCCCCCUCCGAAAUCCCUCCCGCCGACCUCAGAGACAUCAUUGCGCGCAGCUACUCGCCCUUUCGAUCCCCAGAGGUUACACCGUUAGUCCAACUCAAGGAGAAUCACUUCCUCCUCGAGCUGUUCCACGGCCCUACAUUUGCUUCCAAGGACAUCGCCUCGCAGUUCUUGGGCAACCUGCUCGAGUAUUUUCUCGUGAAGAAAAACAAAGACAAAACAAGCAUCGCAGCAGACCGACAUCGCCUUACCUUUGUCGGUGCCACCAGAGGCGAUGCAGGCUCUGCUGCCGUCCACGGCUUGAGGGGGAAAAGGGACAUAUCCGUAUUUGUCAUGUUUCCCCAGGCACAAAUCUCACCUGUUCAAGAAGCCCAGAUCACUACAGUGCCGGACGACAACGUAUGCAGCUUGGCCGUUGCCGGCACCUUUGACGAUUGUCAGAACAUCCUGCGCCGCCUACAUGCUGAUAAGCAAGCCAACGAAGACUUUGAUCUUGUCAGCUCGAGAAACUGGGCUCAGAUCCUGGCUCAGAUCGUGCUCUACUUUUACUCAUAUUUCUCUCUCGUCAAGAAGUCUGCGUCAUUCAAGACUGGCGACAAGGUCCGGUUUGUUAUCCCGACUGGCAAAUUCGGCAGCAUCCUCGCCGGGUACUUUGCCUUGCACAUGGGCCUCCCCGUCGACAAACUUGUCAUCGCUACCAACGAAAAUGACAUCCUUGAUCGCUUCUGGAAGACGGGCCGGUAUGAGAAGCAGCAUGUCGGCCGUGGCGGGCAUGGCGUCAAAAAGACUCUCAGCCCUGCAAUGGAUAUCCUCACUUCCCAUAACUUUGAGCGUCUGCUAUGGUUCCUCGCCUGCGAGUUCGCAUCAAGCGCAGGCAUGGACCUUCUCUGGAACCAGAGGCAAGCCAGUCAGGAAGUUUAUCAGUGGUUCCAGGAUCUCGAUAAAAAAGGGUUCUUUGGCCCUGUAUAUCGCGACGUUAUCAGGAGCGCUAGACGAGACUUUGAGAGCGAGCGAGUCACGGAUCAACAAACCAUCGAAACCAUCAAGGCUGUUUAUCGGAAGUCCGGAUACGUGCUUGAUCCUCACUCUGCGGUGGGCGCUGCAGCAACACAAAGAUCAAUGAACCGUACACAUGCGAACACUCCACACAUCUCUUUCUCGACGGCACACCCAGCUAAGUUUGCUGAUACUGUGAUAAGAGCGCUUCACGGCGAGGACGGCUUCAGCGUUGAGGCAAGGUUGACGCCGGCAGAAUUCGCUGACCUCGAUAAGAGAGAGAAGAGGAUAACUGUAGUAAACAAUGACUGGCAGAAGGUUCGUGAGAUCAUCAAUGCUCGGAAUAGCAAUUGA